AUGGAAUGGGGUCCAGGGGUCUGGCAUGUUGUGGUGCCAAAAAAAGUGGCCAAGAGCCUUCCGAAGGGCAGGCUGCUCAUAGAGAAAGAAUGGAGAGCCUUGGGCAUCCAGCAGUCGCGGGGCUGGAUGCACUAUGCCAUACACAGACCUGAGCCCCACAUCAUGCUCUUCAAACGACCAAAAGAUUUUCAGAAGAUGGAUCCUGCAGCACAGCAGAAGUUUUUGGCGGAAGCUGACAUGUUGGUCAAGAAGAAGAAUGCAGAGAUGGCGUAG